CCCUGUUACCGUCUAUUGAGAGGGCUUGGAUUGUGCCUCCCUACCUGGCAGAAGUGGGUGGGACAGGGUGGCCUUUGGGGAUCCCUCCCAACUCUUUGAGUCUUUGAUUCUACAAACUCACAUGGUUGCUUGGGUUGCUUUGCAGAGCAUGGAAGUGAAGGGAAGCAGUCUUGCCUGGAAGAAAACCGGGGCCAAUAAGACCGAGACCUGGUGGGGAGGCAUCCGCAGCAACAGCACUUUCCUGCCUUACUACCAGCACUCGCCAGCGGUGGCUGCCAUCUUGGUAGUGGCCUAUCUGCUGGCCUUCCUCUCCUGCAUGGCCGGGAACACCUUGGUUUGCCUGGUGGUGUUGAGGAACCCCCGCAUGCGCACCGUCACCAACCUCUUCAUCCUCAACUUGGCCGUCAGUGACCUGCUGGUGGGCAUCUGUUGCGUCCCGACAACCCUGAUGGACAACCUGAUCACAGGUGGAAGAGAAGAGUCACUUUUUCAUGGAAGUUCUGGAAAAAACAGAGGCAUUGAUAGCUACAGCUUGGGGUGCAUCUACUUUUGAGGGAAUGCAGUUGAACCACCAUGGCCCAAUACUAUGGAAUGAUGGGAGCUGUUGAUAUUACCCAGAUCCUAUUUCACAUCUGUCAGAUAGCCAGCCCAUAAUAAAUCUCUAGUAUCCAAGUCCCAAAUAGUCACUAGAGACAGGAGAUCUCCAUUAUAGUGAGUUUAUUGAUCAGAUAAACUGUGCAGUGAGCUUACACAAAAAGGGAGCCCCAUGCCACACCUCAAUCCAUCUCGAAUCCAGGGAGCAGGGUGAGCUCCCAUCUGUCAGCUCCAGUUUCCCAUGUGGGGACAUGAGAGAAGCCUUCCACAGGGUGGUAAAACAUCUGGGCAUUUUCUGGGCAACAUCGUUACAGAUGGCCAAUUCUCUCACACCAGAAGCAAUUUGCAGUUUCUCAAGUCACUACUGAUAUGGGA